AUGUUGCAUACCAUCGAUCACAACUUAGUCGUUUUUACUUUAGAUUAUACCUUCUUACUUUUAUUUGAGAAUAGCAAAUUUUUUAAAUCAGAAAGCGGGUUAUGGAGGAACUUCUUAACUAGUGAUACCGUGGCUCAAAACUGCCUUUAUCAACAAUAUCAGAUCAUAGACAAUUUAAGACCUUUGCGAAAAGUCAUAACUGAAAUUAACUACAGCAGUGAGCCUGGGGAUUUUGUCAACAUCUUGGAACCUCAAUUGGGUAACUCAAUAAUAACUUUUUCAGUGAAUGGUUCUCUGCGGUUUAUCACUUCUGCCAGAAUCAAGAUUUUGCAAUCAUAUAACAAAGUGGGGUAUAAGAAAAUUGAAUUAACUGAGAAGCAGUUCAGCAAUCUUGAUGAGCAGUUCUUCUCUAAUUUGAAAUUGAUCGCAAAGCACUAUAAUGUUGAAAUCUCGAUAGACAACAUUGAUACAGAUUUUAAAUCGAUCAAUAGAUCUUCGCCAGAGUAUUUUAUCUACAUUUUAGGUAAUAUUGAUAACAUUGCAGUAGCUGAAAUACAAACAAGAAUUUUAAUUGAUUCAAUGAUCAACAAAUUUCGUUUGCAUUCUAUAGAAAUAGAUUUAUCGCUCAUCCCCUUGAUUGGAGGUACUGAUUUAUUUGAUUUCAGUUUGGUUGCACAACAACUGAAAUCUAACAUUUAUGUUCCUGACUUGCUUCCUGAACUUUUCAAUUCCAAAGUCUUGCUGUCAAACUUCAAGCAAAAAAUUUACAUCACUGCUAAAGAAGCCACGCAGCUCUUAUUAGCAGAAAAGUUAGUUUCAAAUAUAGUAGAGGAAACUAAGGAUGCUUACAUCACACAAACUAUUGAUCUAAGUAAAGUAAAGCUUGAUUCAUUUAGCUUGCACAAUCAAAGUGAUAUUUUGAAUAUAAUGCUUAAAAACGGGACCUUUAUUCAAUUGCCAUCAUUGGGGGAGCCGAAUAACUUCCAAAUCAAGGUACAAGGUAGAACUUUAGAAUCUGUUGAAGAAUCUGUGCAUGAAUUGACUUUACUUAGCUCCAAAUAUUAUUCACUUUACAUUUCUUUUAGAGAUCCUGGGCUGUUUAAUAGUGAUCUAGAGUACCACAUAAUCUACUUGCUUCAAUUGAAGAAAACUGUUGUGGUUACGUACAACCAAAACGGCAUUGAAAUAGUUGGCCACAAAAAUGAAAUCUUCGACGUUUUGUCUGGUUUAGAAAAAAGCAAUUCAUUCUGGGAUAGUCUUUUAAAAAAUUAUGAAAUUAGCAUCAAAAUUGAAAUUGAUAACCGUCAGAAAGAAUUCAUCAGUGGCAAGAAAAACGGAAAAAUGGUCAAGAUUUUGAACAACUUUGUUCAAAAGCCUUUUAUUCAAUUCAGUCCUUUCAAUGAGUAUAAUUUUUUCAUUAACGUAAAAGUUUUCAAUGAUAUUGCCCUGUUGAUCAAAUGCAUCCAGUUGAUAGAAUUAGAAAUCCCUGCUGAAGUUCAAUUUAAUGUCCCUGAAGUAUUCCACAAAUCUAUCAUUGGAAACGGUGGUUCUAUCAUACAAUCAAUAAUGAAAAAAUAUAACGUAUUUAUUAAGUUUUCGAGCAAUACGAAUAAAAAUGGUACUUUUUAUUCGUUUAAAAGAUUGAACAAUGUUUUAAUUAAAUGCCCGCAAAAGAAUGCAAAAAAUAUCUCUUUCGUGAAAAGAGAUAUCGCUCAAUUGGUACAGCAGUGUUGUAUGAACUUACAGCCAGUAGCAAGUAACGUAGCUGUGUAUCAUAAUUCGGAAUUCAGGCUACUCAAGAGUCAUUACUUGUUACUCAUUAACAAUUUCAAGUUGAAGCCAGUUAUGGAUUUGGAAGCUUCUUACAAUUCAUUCAUUUCGCUUCCAAAAUCUCUUGAAGAUUUUGGUAGGAAAAAUUAUGUAAUGGUCCCGAUCAAGGGAUCUGACGUAAAAUCAAAGCAGGCUGCUUAUAAGUUGAAAGAUAUCCUUCCUCAUAAUUUUGAGUUUAAGUUAGCUAAUAACGCUGACAAAUUUUGUAAAUUGAUUAACGAGGAUAACGAAGAGUUCAACGAGAAAAUAAUUAUGCCCUUAAGAUUGGUCUUAGAGGUUGAAUUAUCUUUUAAUGAAGUGCCUAUUGAUUCUGAUCUGACAAUGCUUCCACAAAUAAUCUUGAGUGGCUACAAGAAAGACCUUAUGAAAAUUGCUAUUGAAGAUCUUACUUUCUACUUAAGAGAAAAGAAUUUUUUGAUUUUAGAGAAACAUGAUUACAACUACAACCCAAUAGUUGACAACACUAUAGUUCAUCCUCAACAGCAACUUCAAUCUCAGUUGCAUGCACCAGGUGUUAGACAUUCAUUUCAAACAUUGCAGCCUAUCACAAACAAUGUAAGUGAUAGGAAAAGUAAACCCAAAUCGAUUACAAGAAAAAAGCAAUCGGUUGGAGUCACACCCACGGUCCCUUCUCUGAGUUAUUACGCACCUACCUCGAAUUUCUGGGGCCAACAAAUUAUAGUAAACUCUUCUCGUUGUGUACAUUAUAUAAACUAA